UUCCUGCGCCCGCCCGGGCCUCUCUUCCUCGCCCUCCUGUACAGUAGUUCCAGAGACUGGCAGCCCUGACCUGAAUAGAGGUGUCAUCAGAGCAGAAGUUAAUUCCUUUAUCAUAUGAAGAUCAACCAAGAGAAGGCAAAGAUGUGGACUGCAGUUGCUAAAUAUUUGUUAAGACCGAAGAUCCAUCAAGAUUGUUCUCGGACCCUGCUGCAAGCACAAAAGGGCAAGUUCAAUCAUCGAAGGCAUUUCUCUCUGAGCGGGAGGCCUUGGCAACAUUCAUCUAGGAUAGCACAACCAGUUCAGGCCUUUGGCGUGAGCGCAGCCAUCCAGAAUGUGGAAACUCUGGAGGCAAAUCAGUUUAUCUGUGUUCACUGGGAAGAUGGGAGUAAAAGCCUUUAUCCUUCUGUGUGGUUACGAGACAACUGCCAAUGCCCUGACUGUUUUUUACAUUCUGCUAAAGCACGCAAACUGCUUCUUGAGAAUCUAGAUGUCAAUAUUUGGGCCAAAUACGUUGGCAUGACAGAAAGGAAAAAGGUAUGCAUUAUAUGGCCAGAUGACCACACCAGUGAAUUUGAGGCUGAAUGGCUGAAAGAAAGAUGUUUUUCUGAACAAGCAAGAGCAAAUGUUCAAGAAGAGUUGUUUUUAUCAGAACGUCGAUACUGGGGUUCUGAUCUUCAGCUUCCAACGAUGGCAUUUGAAGAGGUGUUGCAUAGUGAUGAAAGUGCAUACAAAUGGUUGGUUACCCUUAAAAAAGUGGGAAUUGUGCUGUUAACAGGUGCUGCUAAUAGACAGGGAGAGGUGCUGAAACUUGGGCAACGGAUUGGAUUCCUCCGUCUGACUUUUUAUGGACCUACUUGGCAAGUACAGGACAAAGUAGAUGCUAACAAUGUGGCAUAUACUACUGAGAAGCUAAGUUUUCACACUGAUUACCCUGUUCUUCAAUUUCCACCUGGGAUUCAGUUUCUGCAUUGCAUAAAGCAAACUCCUACUGGAGGGGAGAGUGAAGUUGUGGAUGGAUUUCAUGUAGCUAAUAAGCUUAAGGAAGUAAAUCCUCAGGCCUUUCAAAUCCUGACCUCCACCUUUGUAGAUUUUACAGAUGUUGGAGUCGAUUACUGUGAUUUCUCUAUGCAAUCCAAACAAAGAAUUAUAGAUGUAGAUGAAAAGGGCCAAGUGAUUCGUAUCAACUUUAAUAAUGCAACCAGAGACACUAUAUUUGACAUACCUGCUGAAAAAGUGAAACCAUUUUAUGCUGCUCUCAAGGAGUAUGUUAAUCUGUUGAACAGUGCAGAUAACAAAUAUAUCUACAAAAUGAAACCAGGUGAAAUAGUGGUGUUUGACAACUGGCGCUUACUUCAUGGUCGGCAGAGUUACCAGGCAGGGACAGAAAUAUCUCGUCACCUUGAAGGAGCCUAUGCAGAUUGGGAUGUGGUAAUGUCAAGGCUCCGAAUCCUGCGGAAGAAUGUUCUCAGCAGAAAGUAAUCUUGAAGGUUGGACUACUGGAACCUUUCACACUGUGUAGAGGAUGGAUGGUUCUCCCACAGACACCAAUGGAUUUAGUAUGUUUCCAGUGUCUUUAGGGAAUUACUGGCUGACAUUGUUGUAUCAAUUCUGUUGAAAACCUGACUAACCUCUGAAUAACAUGGAUUUUGACCACAGUAGCACAUAGUGGUUAUUUCCUGCUAGCUAGAAGCUGAGCAGCUCUCAUAGUUUUCCAGGGAAUUGUUGCCAAUAAACAAUAAGGAUAACCAUUAAAACAUCAUGGUGAAAGAUUUGCAGCAUCUUAGAAUCCAUUUGAAAGGCUAUGAUUUUGCAAGUAUGGUGGCAAAAAAAUCAGAACAACUGGGCAUUUUUGGUCUCUGAUCUUGUAGAAUGUCCUAUUCCUGGUACAAGGAAGGUAUAACCUUCCAGAUGUUAUUGAUCUGCAACUGUUGUUUAUUAUUUUAAAUUGAUUUUAUCGUACACUGCCCUGAAAUGCUUGAAUAUAUGGCAGGAUAUAAAAAAUAAUAAAUGGAUAAACAUUUAUCACCCUUCACCAUUGGGUCUUCUGACUAGGUCCAAUGGAAGUUGCAAGUCAACAUCAAGAAGACAACAGUUCACACUGUGCCCUGUUUAAUCUUCAGGGAUAUAUUGCUGCUUGUUUUCCAGAAGGAGGAAAUUUUGUGAGCCUUUGGUGGAUAUAAACCUGGUCACUGUUCUCCUGUGGUUAUGUGAUUUUUUUUUCUGCUUUUAAAAUAUUUUAUUGGGCUAGUUUUGUUUUUACCACUGUUGUUAUUUCUUGGAUUGUUUUAGAAUAUCAUUCUCCAACUGGUGGCCUCUUGAUAUUUGAGACUAUGGCUGCUGCCACACUGCAGAAUUAAUGCAGUUUGUCACUAUUUUAACUGCCAUGGAGCCGUGCUAGGGAAUCCUGGGUUUUGUAGGUUGUUGUGGCAGCAGAGCUCUCUGACAAAGAAGGCUAAACAGCUCACAAAACUACAAUCCCAGAAUUCCAUGGCAUUUCCCAUGGCAGUUAAAGCGUUGUCAAACUGUAUUAAUUUUGCAGUGUAAAUGCAGCCUACAACUCAUAUCAGGUCCAGCUUACAUGUUCAGUGGUGAUGGAUCAUGGGAGUUGAAAACAUCUGCAAGGCAACAGGUUAGGGACAGCUGUUUCAGAUGUUCUUUUUAUUGUUGUUGUUGUUAUAGUAAGCUGCCUCAUGGAUAAAAAGACAAUCAAAAUUGUAAAGAUAAUAACAAUAAUACAACAACUUCUGUUUACAUUUUUCAAGUAGCAAUGGGUGACUAUUCCCAUUUGUAUGCUACAUUUGCAGCAGCAUACCUUCUAACAGAAAACUAAAGGAUAUACUGAAAGAAGCCAUCACUUCUUUUUUUGGGGAAAAAAUGAAUUACAUAAAUGAAUAAUACAUAAAUAAAUGUUUAUUACAUGCUGUAGAAAAGGACUAAUAUUACUAAAUGCAUGGUUUCCAUUGGUCUCUCUAGGUAAAAAACAGAACUUGAAAGUAAUUUCUUGUAUGCAGGGUAUUGCUGCUAAUCCUUCAGGAAUGGGGAUCAGACAGCCUUUCAGAUGUUUCUGGAGUACACGUUCUAGUAAUCCUAGCCAGCACAACCAAUGGUAAGGAAUAUUGACAGUUGCAAUCCAACAAAACCUGGAGGACUACAUGAUUUCUACUUCUACAUACUUAUCUGGUAGUAAGUCCUAUUUGAUUUUGUUAGCUCUAAUUAGAUCCACACAGGUUCCAAAUAGGAGUGGGAAUCAUGCAGCCCUCCAAAUGCCAUUGGACUGCAACUCCCAACAUUCUUCACCACUAUUAGUGCUUGCUAGGACUUGAAUUUGGUUAGGCAAAAGAAAUUCUCUUGGUAUCCUAGAUGAUGAUGUAGAAGAUGAAAGAUGAAGUACUGCCACCACUAGUAAUAAAAUCCCAACCCUCCCCCCAAAACGUAGAUGAAAUCCCCUUCUUUCAGCUUUUACCACCAAUAAAUAAAUGGCAGAAUUGGUUGGGGUUAAGCAUUUUCACUCAGUCCUGUUGAAUAUGAAAAUGGAAAUCAUUUGCUAUCCCACAGGUAUUAAUGCUGCACAUCUCCCAUUAAUUUCAAUAAUUUAUUUACGUGAAGUAUUUUUUGCCCCAUCCUUCAGUCCAAAAAGCUCUGAACAUGGCUUACAUAAGAUCUGUAAACAGAAAGUCCAUGCUGACAGGAUGAUAGAAAGGAUAGAAAAGAAAUUGGGGCUGAGGAGGGUAGAAGAAAACAAGCACAUUCACUGACAACUUUAAAUUAUGUACCAGGUCUUAUAACCAAGCUGUAAUGGAAAGAUUUGGAGAUGGGUAUGAAUGAAACACUCCUGUUUUCCCUCAGUCCUUCUACUGCAGCCUGAUAGAAUGCUAACUGAACCUAUCUGAAACUAAUGGACUACAUUUGGCAGCUAAGCAUUGGUGCAUUAUAUCCACCGUAAGUGUGAAGCAAGGAUUGGGAAUCUCUGGGGUGAGGUAGGAUCUCAGCUUGCCUUCCCGAGGUACAGAAAAGCUCUGGGUGGUGGUGGUGGUGGUGGUGGUGGUGGUGUGUGUGUGUGUGUGUAUGGAGUAACAACACCCACUGCUGGUGUGGAGCCACUGGGAAGUUGCCAAAUUGAUAAUCUGGCCAUUGGACAAAAUAAAGAUGUUUAUCACACUAUAAGAGUGUGCCUGAGAAUUCUAAAUACUCCUCCUUAAAACUGCCAAUCCCAGAAUGCAACAAGAGGCAGCUAGAGGAGUCAAAGUGGAAUAGUAGCACUUUAAGAGUAUAGUGUGAUAAACAUCAAAGAUUCCCAUUGCUGGCAUAAGGCCAGGCCAAUAUGAACAUUGUGUGUGUGAUCUUUAAGGUACAUUUGGAUUUUUUUUCCUUUUCAUCUAGAUGAAAUGUCAGGUACACUAUCACAACCUGGAUUUGAAAAUGUAGGUUCAUCUCUGAGCAAUAUUAAAUAGUGCCUUUCUCUUUCUACUUUGAAUUUUGGCACCACAUGAGAGUUUGAUAUACAAUAAUACAGCAGAAGCUGAUGUGACAUAUCAUCAACACUGGCUUUUAAUUGCGACUUGAUCCUUUAAUGCUUCCUUUCUUUUCUGUCCAAAAACUUGAACAGUUUCUGAUGUUUCUGAAUUAAACCAGAAAUCCAAUGGUCUUACUCAUUUAGCUUGAAGUCCAGUUUCUUAUGUUUAUUAUGCUUGGUGUUUUCCACCAAAAUCCUUCCAUUUGAAAUAGCCACUUUAUUCUGGAAAACAUUUUCUCCUUUCAACUAUGUAUCUAGAGAAAACUUUGUUUCACGUGUUCAUGCAUUAAUAAAAUCCAGUUUUGGAACCAA